AGGGGUGGUUUUCUCUGAUGAGAAAAUGGGGGAAAAUUUUGCAGCCUUGCAUAAUGCUGUGAACUCCGUUCAGGCAUUAGGAAGGGGCUUCGACGUCAACUUCGAUACUAGGUUGCUCUACUGCAAAGGAGUAGCAGGGUCUCGUAUUGUGGAGGUUGAUGAUGAGCAUCAAAGGGAUCUUUUGCUGUAUGAUGAUAUAGUAGUACCCAAUGUUUCCAGGGACAUCAAGAGCACCAAAGAGUCUAUUGGCCGUCAAGGUUCUGGGGUUUGCAGCUUCCAGGAGAUGGUGGACUAUUUUAAUCAAAAGGCUGGUCUAUCUGGGCCCUUUCCUCUUGGUAGUUUUAAUUGUGCAUUUAGCUUCACUGGUUCAAAACUUGUUGAUGCAGCAGCAACAAAGACCCUUUCUAUGGAUGGGUUCUAUAAUCCACUUGCCAAAGUUCAUCUAAAUACGGGAUUAGUGUUGCAAGAAAAUGUUAAAAGGGCAGUGCCAACUUAUUGGGACCCCACAUCCUUGGCGAGCUUUAUUGAAAAUUUUGGGACACAUGUCAUAACAUCUGUAACUAUUGGUGGGAAAGAUGUGAUUUAUGUGAAACAACACCAGUCAUCCCCUUUAUCAACCAUGGAGAUUAAAAACUAUGUCCAGGAUAUCGGAAAUCAGAGGUUCUCUGACGUAGAGAGCCACACGAGUUCAGGUCUGAAGAAAGUCAAGGAUAAGGGUGUUGAUCCUGGCCUGUUCUACAACCAAGGGGUAUAUCCACAACCGAAUACUGCAUCAUAUCUUGCAGGGAAAGAAGUACGUGAAGAUGUAACAGUUAUUUUCCGGAGGAGGGGAGGAGAUGAUCUGGAACAAAAUCACAUCCAAUGGGCUAGAACCAUCAAAUCAUCUCCAGACAUCAUUGAGAUGACAUUUUUCCCUAUAACAGCUCUUCUUGAUGGGGUAACUGGAAAGGAGCAUCUGACUCGAGCUAUUAGUCUUUAUCUAGAAUAUAAGCCUCCAAUUGAAGAACUGAGGUAUUUCCUAGAGUUUCAGAUUCCUCGUAUAUGGGCUCCUGUACAGGAUGGGAUUCCUGGUCGCCAAAGAAAGGAACCUGUUUGCCCAUCUUUGCAGUUCAGCAUAAUGGGGCAGAAACUUUAUGUCAGCCAGGAGCAGAUAUCAGUUGGACGUAAACCAGUAACAGGGUUGCGGCUUUGUCUAGAAGGAAGUAAGCAGAAUCGUCUGUGUAUUCAUCUUCAGCACUUACAAUCUCUUCCAAAGAUCCUUCAACCGUACUGGGAUACCCAUGUGGCAAUUGGUGCUCCCAAGUGGCAAGGGCCAGAGGAGCAAGAUAGCCGAUGGUUUGAGCCAGUGAAAUGGAAAAAUUUCUCGCAUGUGAGCACUGCACCUAUUGAAAAUCCUGAAACCUUUAUAGGUGACAUCUCUGGUGUCCACAUAGUGACUGGAGCUCAGCUUGGAGUAUGGGAUUUUGGAUCAAGAAAUGUCUUGUACAUGAAGCUAUUGUAUUCUAAGCUGCCAGGCUGCACAAUAAGAAGAUCCUUGUGGGAUCAUUGCCCGAAUGAAAAGUCAAAGAAAACGGCUUCUUCAAGAGGCAAUUCCAAUGCUGGUGACUCUACUUCGGAUUCAAGAGAGAACAUUGCAGGCAACAAAUUGGUGAAGUUUGUCGAUAUGUCUGAGAUGAGCAAGGGCCCCCAGGACCAUCCGGGUCAUUGGUUGGUUACCGGUGGAAAGCUAGGAGUGGAGAAAGGAAAAAUUGUUUUGAGAGUGAAAUACUCUUUGUUAAAUUACUAAGAGUUUGUUGAUGUAUACAUAUAUGUUGAUGUGCAGUUCUGGUUUUUGUUAGGUAGAGGCAGUGUCCUUAUCUGUUGCAUAUAAAAUUUGUGUUCCAUCAUGCUUGUGAAUUUUGUUAGUAUGAUGGACUGCGUUCAACGAGAAUGUGUGUUUUGGGUGGUUGGACA